CUGGGGCUGCGCGCGCGCGGCCGGGCCGGGCUGGCGAGGGAGGGGCGUGCGAGGGAGCUCUCCUCGUCCCGCGCUGCCAUUGCCCGGGCGGCUGUCACUCAGCGGCGGCGAGAGCGGGGAUUGGCGGGGCCGGGCUACGCACUCGCCUGGCGCUCACCUACCCGGCCCGGGCGGCGGAAAGGUGAUCAAUCUUCGUCGGGCUCCAUUGCCAAUCAGCGAAGGGACGGGGCGAGACGCCACCUCGGCAAGACUGCAGUGAGAGGCUCUCCUGCCCCUGGGAUUUCCUUCAGCUGCCUCCUUGGAAGAAUCAAUCUUUUAAUUUUUUAUUAUAUGUUUUUUAAAAAACCACGAACAAACCAAGAAUUUUAAGACACGCCUUUUGGGGAAAAGAACAUUUCUAAUUGUGUGUGGAUAAAUUGGAAAAAUCUUUCCAGCUUUUAGCAUGAUGUCUUACCUCAAACAGCCCCCCUAUGGCAUGAAUGGGCUGGGGCUGGCGGGACCUGCGAUGGAUCUUCUCCACCCUUCCGUGGGGUAUCCGGCCACCCCUCGGAAGCAGCGGAGGGAGCGCACCACCUUCACCCGGUCGCAACUGGACGUCUUGGAGGCGCUUUUCGCCAAGACCCGCUACCCGGACAUCUUCAUGAGAGAAGAAGUGGCGCUGAAAAUCAACCUGCCGGAGUCCAGAGUCCAGGUCUGGUUCAAAAACCGCCGCGCCAAGUGCCGCCAGCAGCAGCAGAGCGGCAGCGGCGCCAAGAGCCGGCCGGCCAAGAAGAAGGCGUCGCCGGCGCGGGAGAGCUCGGGCUCGGAGAGCAGCGGCCAGUUCACGCCGCCCGCCGUCUCCAGCUCCGCCUCGUCGUCCUCCUCCAGCUCCAACUCCUCGGGCAACCCGGCCAGCGGGGCCGCCGCCUUGGGCAACCCGGCGGGCAGCGGGGGCUCCGGCUCGGCCUCGUCCUCCUCCUCCUCGGCCUCCCUCAGCAGCGCGCCCUCGGCCGUGGCCGCCUCGUCCAUCUGGAGCCCCGCGUCCAUCUCGCCCGGCGCCCUGCCCGAGCCCCUGGCCCCGGCGGCCGCCUCCUGCAUGCAGCGCUCGGUCUCGGGCGCGCCCUCCGCCUCUUACCCGAUGUCCUACGGGCAGGGCGGCGGCUACGCGCAGGGCUACCCCGCGCCGCCCCCGCCGCCCCCGCCGCCCUCCUCCUCCUACUUCGGCGGGGUGGACUGCGGCUCCUACUUGCCCAUGCACGCGCACCCGCACGCGCACCAGCUCAGCCCCAUGGCGCCCUCCUCCAUGGCCGGCGCGGCGCACCCGCACGCCCACCACCCGCUGGGCCAGGGCUCCAGUCACCACCACCAUCACCACCACCACCACCACCACCAGCCGGGCUACCCCGGGGGCACCGGACUGGCCUUCAACUCCUCCGACUGCCUGGACUACAAGGAGCCGGCCCCGGCCGCCGCCGCCGCCGCCUCUUCCUGGAAGCUGAACUUCAACUCCCCGGACUGCCUGGACUACAAAGACCAGGCCUCUUGGCGCUUCCAGGUGCUGUGAGGAGGGGCGCCGCUCGCGGGAGGUUUCAUCCAGCCAAAGGAGGAGGGCAGCGCCAGCACCCGCAGCCCCGCCACCCCCCAGCUCCCUCGGGGCAGCCCAGCGCCCCGUCUCU